GUUGAAAGCAGGUCACACUGAAAAGCGGUGCAGCGCCAUUCAGGUGUCGUAUCACGCCUUCUCACAGCGGAUCUACUUGCGACUUCACAUACGUACACUCUCCAGAAUAUCAUUAUAUAUCACAUUACAAAACAACCUAACAAGGCACCUACGGAUCCUGCGAUUUCCAUAAAUCUGUUUCUUUUUUCGGCGCUGGCGUGCGGCUUCUCACGCUUCGGAAUCGUCUCGUUUUUCUUCUUCUCUCCUAAGAAGAAAGGAAGGUGCGAUUAACAUCUGGUGUUUUUCUCGAGGACGUUCUUUCGAGACAUUCUCGUCCACGCAACGCUCUAGCGCGCUUGUUUUUCUUUAGCGUAGAGCCAAACAAACAAACCCCAAAAAGUGUUUGAAAAAUUCGAAAACAGAAACUGUACGGCAGCAUUUACUUUUUUUUUUCGUCUUGCAAUUCCUUUGCUGCAAAUAAUAGUUUCGUUUUUCUUCUUACCUUUGAAUUUGGUUUCAUACUCGCAGAGGUGGGUUUCUGCAGUCAACAGAACAAGCGAAGUUAUUUCUUUUUGUGUUGUCACAAAAAGCAUCGUUCAUAUCUCCAUCUCUCCUACGAUCCUCAAAUAACGUCCAUGUCCGCAGCGGAACAUUCGAACGCAGCACCUCCUCCCGCUUCCGCGUCUGCAGCGCCGCGAACGGCGCUCCCCUGGCAGCCCCGCGAAGUUGCUGUUGCGCCGACACCCACCUCAAGCAGCGCGGACGAUAUCUGGGAUGCAACCGUCUCCAGCAUUCCGUACCUAUCUCAGACCCAUUUUAGCGGUUUCAGCAUCGUGUACAAGCCGCCCACUGUGAUACAGCUGAGCGAGGCGACCGGGUGCUCGGUGAGCGAGCUGGCAGGCGCCUACAACGAUUUGCCCUUCAUUCAAUUGUGCAAGGAGCUGCCGAGCGACGCUGCAGCCACGGUCGUGGCCGCAGACGCGCAGACCUUCGACUCCUUCGACUACCUCCAGCUGGUGCCAAUUGAUGAGACGCUGGAGCUCGCGACCAACGCGGUACGGGCACGCCGCCCCGUCCCCGACGCGGAGGAGACCUUCUGGGAGGCGGACUACUGGGAGAAGUUGAAGCGAAUCAAGCAGGAGGAGCAGCAGCGGAAGGACAUGCGACGAAGAAACAAGAUGGCGAAAGAGGGCAAGAGGGAAGCGAACGGCGCCAGCGUCAGCACAGUCGUCCUGCCCUACGCGUACACGCUGGGCAACACUCUCUCUGCGACCAACUCGCCCUCGUUUAUGACACCACACAGUCGUCAAGGGUCACUGAGCGGACACGUGGGCGACGCGGAAACUUCGCCGACGAUGGCAAGCUUGCAAUCCGCACAGCGACAAAAGCGCAUCGCAAAAGGUCUCCUCCGACGGGCACGGUACAACGAGUCACACAACCCAUCGCACGCCCAGCUGCACACGACCCGCUCCGCCUCACUGGCCUCGCAGAAUAGCAUCGGUGGCUCGCUUCCCCAGCAACAACAGCCGGUCAUCCGCUGUCGCACACGACCGCGCAGCUACUCCAUCAACUCACAGCAAACCGAUGUGCGUGGGUUUCAGUACUCUUUAUCUUCUGCGAUGAGCGAAGGGGGGCGAAGUGCGCUCAGCGACUCUCUGCGCACCCCACCGCCUCUCUCCAUUAACGUCGUGCCGCAGCCACGCGAGGCCUUCAUGACCAGUAUAGACCUCGAGCUGUCCACGUCCGGUGAUGUCACGAAGUCUGGCGCGACGACGCACUCGCGCAGUUCGGCGGCUCGCGGCGGUCGUAAGGCGGCAGCGCUGGCAGUAUCACCGCCGCAAGUGGAGUCCGUUCUGUCGCCGCACAGCUCUCGUGUUGGCGCGCGCGGCAGUGGCAGCACAAACGAUCCGAUCUCGCCGAUUUCGGCGGACUCGAAGCGGUCUUCUCCGCGGAUGGAUCUGGAGGCAAGUCUGUUGCAGAACAAGGGUAACACCAAUGUGAACGAAGCAGACCCUUUGCUUUUUCACACCGCACCGCCUAAGACGGAUGCUGCUGGGGCUGGUGCUCACGCGCCGCUUGUCAUGCCCGUGUCGUCACCUUCCCAACAAGGUGACGGACUGGGGCUGGCACCUUCGAGGCUCGCACCCGACACCCCACCACAGCCUGCGUUGCAUCAGCAGGGGCUGGCUAGCACUGUUACCACAACCGUCAACGUCACGCCGGCUCUUUUGGCGACGCCGAACGAGGAGAUGUGUGGAACAACGGCAUCAUGCGUACAGGCGUCUCCUGCUGUUAUUCACAACCGAAAGUCGAUUUCACGUUCGUCAGAGGACAAAGCGAAGACAGCGGAAAACGCAGGACCGAGCACGCGCGGCACCGCCGCUGAUCCAUCCCCGACUGCACUUCCUUCUGCUACUGCGAAUGCUAGUGCCUUAUCUGGAGCCGCUCGCGGGUCAAAAACGAUGACAUCGCCUGCUCGCGUCUCCGCUCAGAGAGGCCGAAAUCUGGCUGCUUCGUCCGCUCCAACGCCUGUGCAGCAAGCAGACCAGUCUUCCACACCGCCUGCGACGGUGCCGGCGCCGUCCAAAAAUGUAAAAGGGCACUCCGCAGGGUCUAAGAUUCUGAGUCCGGGCAAAACGAAGGAGCCGGUGGCCGCGGCGGCGCCUGGCACUUCGAAACGGAGAAAAAUUGACCCUAAAACUGAGAAAUCGCGUGGCGCCGGACAAGCAGCGGGUGCAAACGCCGCAUCCUCCGAACAGGCGUGUCCGCCGCCGCCGUCAGGACCGCCCCAGUCAACACAGCAGAACAGCUUUACCGCCAGCGCUCUCACCACUCCCAUCCCCUCCACCAUCACCCAUGGUCCAGCGGUGCAGGAGAUCUCCCCAGCGAAGUCCACCACACGCACCGCUACCCAUUCUGGUAGUGUGACACCGCGGGCGACGGCCACAACCGUGCCACCCUCUCGCACAUCCACACGGGAAGCCUCCACGUCACCACGGUUCGAGCGCCCCAUUGCCGUGCACAGCGCCGCCUCAUUCGACCCGCAGCCCACCGCCUCACAAGCGGAGGACCGAACGGCGGAAUCCGCGGCGAACACGUCCCCUCCGCUGUCGCGUGCGCUAUCGCGGCCGCCUUCGCGAGAUGCAAGCACGCUCCUCAUCACCACAGCAACCGCCACCGCAUCGUCACCACCACCACCAGAGCACCCCCCUCCAGCGGCGGAGGAACACGCGUCCAACGCUGCAUCUACAAAGACGCCCCGCAAAAGCAGCGUUUCCACAGCGAAGCCAACAGAGGACAGUGAGGGUGCAGAUCCGCGUCUUGUUCCAACAGAGGCGUCGACGGCGGCGCAGCCCACCUCACCAACAGCCAGGAAGGAUCCGUUGCAUGUCCCUUCUUCCGCGGCCGCAUCUCUCGCCACGACUCCGCUCAAGAAGACACCCCACAAGGCGUCAUCCUCUGUCGCACCCAAGGGAAACGACGCUGUGCAUCCGUCUUCCGCUUCACCGGGAGCACAACCAAAGCCAGAGGCAACGGUGAAGCAGUCGCCCGACACAAAUCGUCCUACUGCACCGUCAAAGGCGAAACAGGAGAAAAAGACUGCCUCCGCCUGUUGUACGGUCUCGUGA